AUGAGCAAUAACCGAAAUGUCCUGAGCUCGCGCGUGCCAAAAGAGAAGAAUCCCCCCGCUCUAAAGCAAGCUCUCGACGUCCUCAACCUCAAAGACCUCGACGGCCUCGAGCAUCACUUCCUCGGUAUGACCGCUUUUCUCAAGCCAUGGUCCCAUUUCCGCGACGCAUUCCUACUCCUGCAACCCGGCAGCAAACCACGCUCCUCUGAGCCGGACAGGGUGCGCGGCAUGGACAUCCUGUGGUUCUACACCAACUUUAGCGACGGCGAGCUACGAUACGACCCGCGCGCGGACGACAACACCUCCAUAUUCACAACGGACGAAUCACAAUAUGGAAGCUUCGACACAACGCACUGGGGCGUCGAGGAGCACGAGAAGAUGAUGUAUGCGUGGCUGCUGCAGGAGUUCAAAGUUGGGAAGGCGCGCAACCCGUUUGGUUUCGAGUACUUCGAGUUACAAAACGUAUGCACGGCGUGGAAGACGGUGUUUGUGCCGAUCGUGGAGGCAGUGCGUGACUCGUAUGAUCCUCGUGGAAGGAGGCAUUACGGUCGACUGGCGAGGUUCAUCGAGGAGCGGCAUCCGAGUCGGCUUGCGUUUCCCGAAGGCAACGUGGAGGUGCCACAUAGCGCGAAUCCAUACCGCGUAGUGUCAGUUCCGCGAGAGCGAGGAAUUGUCGCUAAAGCAGAGCGUUUGAAGGGAGUCACAUCUUUGACCGGCUCUACACAGACAGGAUCGGCCACCAAAAAGAAGGAAGUGGUGUUUGAGCAGGAGCUCCGGGACAUAUAUCCCAAAUACGGGCAAGUCAUCGAGAGACCGAAAGCGGACCUGGGCGAGUUUCUGGCAAAUCAGAAAGCCAGGAUCAGGCGCAAGAACCGCGACAUUCAGGAUAUCACGGAGUCUGUGUUUGGGCGCAAUCGGAGUGGCAGAGAGAGCCCAAUGUUUGGGUGUAAGGGCAUCGAUGACUCUCGGGUGAUCGACCCCGUGGUCGACGCGCAUCGCCGCUCACUCAGCAUAAGUGGUCGACCAUCUCUUGAUGUGCCACCAUCACCCAAAUCCCCCAAGAAGCGUGGCGAGAAGGGGAAGGGCAUGGUGCCGGUUGGUAUGUAUGGGUUCAUGCCGACUCCGACUAAGAACAAGAAUCCUCUUCACGGCGUCACUCGCCCGUUCAACCUUCCUAAUACAGGAUCUGAGGGAGAGUCCACACAAGAUAUGAUCAGUUAUUUAGAGACGGAAGGUGAGGAUUUCGCAGAGUCGGAUAGCCCACGAAGUGUACCCAAGCCAGCCUACACUCUGCCAGGCCCCGAGAGGAAGUCUUCCGACAGCGUGUACAGCUCAAUCCGCAACUCCAACCCUUUCGUGGAAGAUACACCAGGCUCUUUAUUCACUCCUACUCACAAGGCAUCCGUCGAGAUUCUCUCUCCUAUGAGCGGACAUCCAAGUGCGAUUCCUAAGCCACUUUUCAAUACCAGCAAGAGGCGCGAUCCUCGACCUGAAAACCAAGAGCUGAUUCCAGAAAGCCCUUCCUCUAUCGUUGACAGCUUCUCGUCGAAGCCGUCCAGGAUGCCGAGCUACGCGGGCACUGGCUACGAUCGAGAGAUCAAGCCGCCGUUCAUCGCGAACAAGUUGCAUUCCACACUGGAACACAACGCAUACGACCCAGCCUCCCGUGAAACCUCGUUCGCACUAUCAGAUAUCCCGGAAUUGGUGCACUCCUUCGAGCGUCAACAUCGGCUUGCACGUAUAGACAACCACGGCACAUUGUCAGAGCACCCAGAGACGGUGCGCCUCCUCGAGCGUCAAGACAUCGACGUUCCACAACACGUUCCCUGGCCCGGUAUGACGCCUGGAUUCUCACCGGACCCUCGCAACUGGCCUGGCCAGACUCCUACCGCUAUCUCCCCCGCGCCAACGGAAUGGCCACGUGCUUCCCGCUUCCAGCACGCAGACCUGCCGCCACCCAUCCCGCCGAAGCACCCUGCGCGUUCUUCGAGUAUACGCAGUAGCGCUGGAUCCGACCUUCUUCCGCCGCCCUCUCUUCCCAGACUGCUUGGGCCGCGCAUCGUCUCUAAGGAGAACAUCCGCGGUCAUCUGAGCAACAUCUCCCGGGAUAUUUCGGAUGAUAGUUUGACGCAGGUGAAGCGGGAUGUGACGCCUACCGGGGCACCGAAGUUGAUGCCGUUCAACAAGAAUAUGUUUCCUCGUCGGGAUCGGAAUGGGACGCCGGUGGGUGCUUGGAUGGGGAAUGCGGUGGCGCAGGGUACGAAAGAGAGCGAGUUUGAGAUGAAGACUUUCGAGGAGCAGUCAAAGAAAUAG